AUGACAAAGUUGUUUAUAUUUACAUUUUUCAACAUUUGGACAAUUGCGCCUUCCAAAUGCUUCAUGCGUCUUUCAUCAUCAGAGGAAUUACAUGGUAAUAGUUGUGGAGAUACUUCAUCACCAAUAUUUGCCCAAACAACAUCUUCUACAUUCUAUUCUCCUAAUCAUAGCGCUUCAACAAGCGUUCACGUACCAGCAACCACGCAUCGAAUUCAACGUUUUAUCAGUUUUUUUUCUUCUGGUGACACACAGACAAAACAUUGGGAAACAACAAGCUCACCUACAACUGUACGAUUCCCAUCUCGACGUCGUCUAAAACGUUCAACGACAGCAACUACGACACCAAUUAGUGCAUCUUUAUUAGCUACACCAAUACCAUUAGGAGAUGUACAAAAACAAGGCCAACUUAUGCAUCAAGAAAUGGCUAUGGGAGAACCGGUGAAAAAUGACCGACAUAAAUGGACAACAUAUUGGGUAGUACUUCAUGGUACUAAAUUAUAUCUUUGCUGUCAACUAAGUUCACAUAUCAAUGAUGAGACGCAUGAAAAAUUAUUGAACAUUCCAUCGGAUGCUCGUCAAAUUGACCUGAAAUCAGCAAUCGUCGAUAUAGCAUAUGAAUAUUGUCGUUCAAAAGAUAACAAAAAAGCGCAUGUAUUUCGUGUGAUAACGCAACAGCAAACCGAACAUCAUUUCCAGACUUACUGUGAAGAUGAUAUGUUAAAAUGGAUUGAAAUUAUUCGAUUCGCAUCAUCCAAUCUUAUCAGCUCUCAGAGUGAUCAUGGUACCGUUUCUACUGGUGUUACAAGUAAUAUUGACCUAUCCUCUAAUGUUCCAAAUAACUGGUCAACUGUUACAAAGUUCCAGUCAGAUAAUAAUUCGAGUGAUCAAUGCAAAUAG